AUGGCGUCACGAAAGAAACAACCCUCUAAGAAGAAGGAUAGCAUUCAUUUUGUCAAUGCCAGACCCUCCACCGAGAGCGAACGACUGAAAGCCCAGCGUUUAGUGCGUGCGCAUGUCGGGCGCUGGAUUUCAGAUCAAACCAAGGACCGAUCCACAGGCGAAUCCUCCAAUACGCGCGGUCGAGCUGCCCGCAACGCCGUUCCCCCAAUACCUGUCAUUGACCGCGCUGGGCCCGGUCCCUCCUCUUAUACCAUCGUCUCGCGCCCAUUAAGCUCCCAUCGUGAGAAUAUCUCUAGUCAAACCUUCGCUUUCGCGCACGAUUCCCGCUCCAACCAGGCUGCGUAUCGAGGCUCGCCAUUUCCCCCGUCGCAGGCCAGCGACAGCAGUGAUAGCAGUAGCAGCGACGAUGCGAGUACCGUGACCGCGUUUUCUUCGGAGGCGCAUGCUAUCGCCCGGUUCAAUAAGCGUAAUUCUCCUGAGCGGCUUGAACGCAACCUCUCUGGAAUCUUCGACCCGUUUGCUACAUACCCCGCCCCGCGGAAUUUCGAGCAAGCGAUGAUCAAUCUGUCAGAGCGCUAUCUCACAAGUGUUGUGUGGCCGGGACUUGCCCCGCGACCGCGGAAUGUCAAAGCUGCGGCUAAUAAGUGGUUCGAUCUGUCUAUGGCAGACCCAGCUUUGUUUACAGCGUUCAUGUUUGGUUCGCUGUGUCACCUCCGGGUACAAUGGCAGAACAACUGGGUACAGGGUACGGUAUUCGGUCAGAGAGAGCGUCGCGCGCUACAGUUAUGUGAAAUGGAAUCGAUUAAGCUAAUCAACCAGGCUGUUCGCGACCCCAAUCGUGCGGUCAGCGAUGCUGUUCUCCUUAGCGUUAUUUGCAUGGCUCAUCAUCAGGCAGAGGAGGGAUCAGUACAACAGCACCGGAGAACACCGUUUGAUCCCCCUUUCCCGCGCCUACAAUGGAUCGAUGUCUACGGUUGUCUACCACCGAAUAUGAUCCAUAUCAAAGGAUUGUUACAGUUGAUUAAACUUCGAGGCGGCUUAGCAAAUAUCCCCACAGAGGGUCUGGCCGCGACAAUUUCCUUCUCGGAUAUCAUGAGCUGUAGCGUCCUUAGCAUCCACCCAUGCUUUGAUUUCUGGCCCCUCGCCGAUUGCCGAUUAGGCUUGUCUACCCAGGAACUGCUCGGCUUCAGUCCAUCAGACAUAGAGCAGGGAUUCGGCCAUUUGCAGGAAUUUGGCGCCACUCCUCAAAUGGCGGAAGCUUUCCAAGCGGUGCACACUUAUAUCGGGAUCAUCAAAGCGAGCCCGAAUUCCACACAUGAUAUCUCCUUGCUCGCCGAUCAGCGCAACUUAACCCAACAUACUCUCCUUUGCCUCUCUCCAGCCUCAGAACUCCAGCUCCACAACUUCUUCUCCUACCCCACACAUGCCGCCACCUAUGAAGUCUGCCGUCUAGCGGCACUGGUCUUCGGUGUCGGCGUCAUCUUCCCAAUCCCCGCACAGAAUACCCCACUCAAUACUCUAGCACGCCUUAUCCGAUCGCUUCUCCUCGAACCCUCCUCUUCAGACUUGUGGUCGUUGCCAUCCAUGCGUUUCCUUCUUAUAUGGGUCUUGACCCUUGGAGGUAUCGCAGCGAACGAUGCCCCCGAGCGCGCCUGGUUUGCCUCCGCUUUGGGAGAUAUAGCCCGUAAAACUGGUUUGAAUUCAUGGCCUAGCAUCAAAUCCGUCCUUGGCUCGAUGUUAUGGUACGACGCUGCCUGCGAUCUUGCUGGAGAGACUCUCUGGCAGGAGAACACUAGCAGGUAUAGCUAUGUCAUUGAGUGA